AUGUCUCUCCAGGUCUCACCGUCGACGUUUCUUGGUCUCGAGAGCUGCCAUGCCUUUGUGACGGGCGCAUCUGGGGGAGUCGGCGGGGCUGUUGUCAAGGAAUUUCUUGCCAACGGGUGUCGGGUCACUUCUUUUGAUAGGAACUCGCUGAAUGUCGAGGCACUAUCAAUCUCAGAAGAGCAGAAGACGAGACUGCAUCAUGUGUCGGGUGAUUUGAGAACUGAAUCAUCCAUUGCUCAGGCAUUUGAAGAAGCCAGCAGCAAGUUUGGCCCAGUCCAAAUCCUCAUUGCCAAUGCUGGCAUCACAGACGAGAGCAGUCACCCACCGAUCUGGGAUAUUGACACGGAGAGAUGGGAUGCGGUCUACUCUGUCAAUGUCCGAGGAACCUUUCUCACCAUCAAGCACUUUCUUCUUUCAGUUAAGCAGGCCCAAGAGGCAUCGGGCAAGGAACUAGAGAACGUCGCUAUUGUAGUCACCGGCUCCGAAACAGGCGUUUUUGGGCAGGCUGGUCACGCUGAAUAUGCGUCGGGCAAAGCAGGUCUUCAGUAUGGACUCGUAAAGACCGUCAAGAACGAGAUUGUGAAGCUCAACUCAAAAGGUCGUAUCAACGCCGUUGCGCCUGGGUGGAUCAACACCCCAUUGAUUGGGGAUCGGCUAGAUGACCCGAAGGAGAGAUGGGCUGAGGCAGAAGCGACUGUGUCGCUCCGCAAGAUUGCAGAGCCCAGUGAUGCAGCUCGUUGCAUGGCAUUUUUGGCAUCUCAUCGAGCUGCUGGCCAUAUCACAGGGCAGUGCAUAUCUGUCGAUGGAGGCCAGGAAGGUCGCUUGCUAUGGAGAGAAACACAGGAUGGGCUUCAGGCCAAGACCGCCAGCGAUUCCUUUACGCAUAGAGUGGCCUUGCCAACCGCCGCCAAUCCUCCUGAGAAGCGCCGGAGAUUGAGAAUCUGUCUCUCUAUUGACUUUGACGCGGUCUCGGGGCUGAUAGGAACAGGCCAUGUCCCAGAGAAUAAACUCGCCGACUAUUCAGCUGCUCACUUUGGUGGCAACGUCGGCGUCGAAAGAUUAUUGAGGGUAUUCAGCAAGCAUGGCAUUUCGCAAAAUGUUUCUUGGUUCAUUCCAGGCCACUCGAUGGAAAGUUACCCCCGACAGACCCAAGCCAUUGUUGCGAGCGGCGCUGAAAUUGGCCUCCAUGGGUACAGUCAUGAGAGCGCAUAUUCGUUGUCUGAGCAACAGGAAAAAGACAUACUUGUCAAGUGCAUAGAACUAGCCACUUCCCUCUGCCAGGGCAAGAAACCUGUUGGGUACCGAGCUCCCCUGUACGAGAUCAGGGAGUCAACAGUCCGAUUGCUGGAGGAACACGGGUUUCUCUACGACGCCAGCCUCAAUUCUCACGACAGCCUGCCUUACUUUCUGCCUAAGACAUUUGCAGAAGGCAAGCCGGCAAUUCCUGACUACGAUCAACCUGCUAGCACAUGGAUGAAGCCAAUAACAUUCACAGAGCAACCCGAGCCCGGGUCCCAGCAGGCUGAAACUUCUCUGGUAGAGAUUCCCGGUAGUUGGUACACUGAGGACGCUACACCUCUAUGCUACUACCCACACUCAGCAACAACCCAAGGCUACGUGAGUACGGACGUCAUAGAGAAGAUGUGGCUUGAUCGUUUUGAGUGGCUGUGGGAGAAUGAGAGUUUUGUAGAUGAAGGUCCUGGUGCUGGAUAUGGAUCUGUCUUCCCGCUUAUUCUGCAUCCUGAGUGCGCUGGCAGGUCUCAUGUCAUUGGCAUGAUUGAGAGAUUUGUCGCCAAGCUCAAGGCAAAGGCUGGUAGCGUCAGCGAAGGGGAGAUCACUUUUGACUGUAUGGCAGAUGUAGCAAAGGCUUGGAAGACAAGGACGCCUAGCUCAUAG